GCUCGCCAGUCUCCCGUCGUCCCUCGGGGUAAACGCCGAGCGGAGCAGCAUCCUCGCGUUGAACGAGCCGGUGGAUGGAGCGGAGCGGGAGCAAAGUUGAAGAGGGUGAAAGCGAGGCUCCAAGUGGCCCCAACAAGUGCAGCCUGGGCGGGUAGAGGGUCCGGUUCCCUGCCGUGUUUUACACCAGGGGUUUUGCGGACGUAAUGUGUCGCUGUGGCUGUAGCGUCUGCGUUGAAUUUUAGUCUCCGGCUGAAUAUUUGACGGACCUGCGCGCUACGUUGGAUUAAACAAAGACGGUGGAUGCAGCCGGAGCGGACGCCAACUGUUAAUCUCACGGUUUUUUUUUUAUUUCCUACUCGUCCAUAGAGGAAAAACUUCACAGCACCGCGUCCAACUCGCCGCGUGUCACAAAGCAAACGCGUCCCUGCCGCUCGUUUAAAGUGGCUAGCGUCAAGUUGCGUUAACUGUGCUUUGCGUCACGUCGCUCACCGUUGACGCGUAGCGUUAAAUGUGGACGCUAGUUUCUGCCCGACACGGACUACGUGGUGUGUAAACAUGCGUCUGCUCUCUUCUUUUGAGGACCUCUCUCCCACUAACACGAGGCUGCUUUGGGGAGUCAAAGCUGCCGCGGACGGCAGUGACGUGCUGCACACAUGAAAUAACAUAAUAACUGGUCACUGCUUUAUUCUGCCUUAAAAUGAGCCAAGGGCCCAACCUUGUCCUCGAGUGGCUGUCUAAGUUGUAUCUCGCUGAGUAUGUGGAGUCCUUUAUUGACAAUGGGUACGAUGAUUUGGAGGUUUGUAAGCAGAUUGGAGAACCGGACCUGGAUGCCAUCGGUGUCCACAUUGAGUACCACAGGCACCGGCUGCUCACGGCGGUGCAGAGGCUGAAAGAGGAGGACAAGAGGAAAGCACCUGGCUUCUAUUUCACCCUAGAGCCCCUGGAGGCGUCCGUUUGCGGCCGUGCUUCAGUCACAAACCCAGAGGAUGACUUCAGGACGCCGAGGUCACACACACACACCGCAGGAAUCCACCAGCCCUCCUGCCCUGGAAACCACAACUUGAGGUUCACAGACUGCAAAGACUUCGUGACCUAUCCCAAGCUCAAGCUCAAGGUCCUGAUAAGAGACAAGCUUUCAAAAGAUGGGAUCAACCUGGGAGAAGCGCCGUACACCCACAAGGAUGGCUCGGUGGGCAACCUUGAUGACCUGGCUCAGGAGUAUUCUCAGUACUACGGCACAUCGCUCAGUGACGUUUGUGAAAGGAUGGAAGAGCUCCGGAAGCGCAAAGUAGUGCAAGAUGCAGAUAUGGAAAAGGUUGACUCAGUGGCCGCAUCAGUGCAGCUGCGCUCUCAGAUCCAGGAAUCCCUGGGACUCAGCAGCACCAUGUCAACUCCAGAGACAGAAAGACGGUUGCCUGUGCACAAAUCAAGCUCCGAUGAUGGAUCAGGAGGAAAGUGGGAUGGAAAAAGAAAGAAUAAAUCUUUUUGGCAAACCUUUCGAAAGUCACAGAAAGGAACAAUGCGUCAGAUUUCAAAAGGUGAUGAUGUUGGUUUUGUGGCGAGUGAAAUUACCAUGAGCGAUGAGGAGCGCAUCCAGCUGAUGAUGAUGGUGAAGGAGAACAUGAUCUCUAUAGAGGAAGCCCUGGGACGGUUGAAGGAGUUUGAGAUCCAAAACCGACAGACAUGCGUAUUUGAUCCCCCACAGCCGACCAGUCUCCCCAGUCCCACCACAAAGGAGUCGCCCAGCUGCAACCCUUGUGACCUGUCCGAUAACGAACAGGACGAAUCUGUGGCGUUUAGGAGACUGCAUAAACUGGUCAGCUCCACUCGCAAUGUGAAGAAGAAGCUGGUCAGACUGGACGAGUCUAAGCGACCUGGACUAGAAGACAAUCGAAACAUAGAUAAUCACUCCCCUGCACUCACGCACUCGGAUGCACCGAAGAAGUCUUCUGUUUGUGCCGUGGAGUCCCUGGCAUCAGCUCUGGAGGAGCAGCUGACCUACGGCAGGGAGGCCGACAGCCUGACCGCCUCUCCCUCAUUCAGCAGACUGAAAAACUACAGUAGCCAGAAACUCCUCCAGGCAUUUAGCGCAUCUAGUGGCAGCUCCAUUCAUCAGCAGGCAGUAACCAGGGAGGUGAGGGAGACAGGCGAAGCCGGUGCUUCUUUCUCUUCUCAGAUAGAAGUAUGCAAUGAUGAGGAACCUAAAAUCUGUCGCUCAGUGACUGAUGGGGAGAUCCGUCACCGUAUCCUCAAUCCACUCAGCCACCACGGGAGAGCGUGUAGCUUUGGAGGCUUUGACCUGACCAGCCGCUCAAUUGACAGCAAUGACCCUAACAAAGACGAAGGUGUCGGUGUGAGAGACGCUGUGAAGUCUCCCUCCACAUCACGUAUUUCUAUCGGAAAAAAAGUCAAGUCCGUGAGGGAAACGAUGAGAAAGCACAUAUCUAAGAGAUACAACAGCUCCCUCUCUGAACAGUCAAGCCCAGACCGAACAUUAAGCUGCCCUCACUCACCACAGACGGACUCUGACUCGUUGGAGAAACCCAAGCUGAAGCCAGGAGGGUCUGUGGAAAGCCUGCGGAGUUCCCUCAGUGGACAAAGUUCCAUGAGUGGUCAGACAGUGGGCACCACUGACUCAUCCAACAGCAAUAGAGAAAGUGUAAAGUCUGAGGAUGGUGAAGAGGAUGAGCUGCCUUACCAUGGGCCCUUCUGUGGACGUGCUCUAGUUCAUACCGACUUCACCCCCAGUCCCUAUGACACAGACUCGCUCAAACUAAAAAGUGGAGACAUCAUCGACAUCAUUAGUAAACCACCCAUGGGGACGUGGAUGGGAAUGCUCAAUGGUAAAGUCGGCACGUUCAAGUUCAUUUAUGUGGAUGUUCUGAAUGAGGAGGAGGUGAAGCCCAAAAAGACGCGAAGACGGAGGAAGGCCCGGCAGCCGAAGCCCACGUCUGUGGAGGAGCUCCUUGAUCGCAUCAACCUCAAAGAGCAUCUUCCCACCUUUCUUUUUAACGGCUAUGAGGAUCUGGACACAUUCAAGUUGCUGGAGGAAGAAGACCUGGAUGAGCUGAACAUCAGAGACCCCCAGCACAGAGCGGUGCUGCUCACUGCUGUGGAGCUGCUGCAGGAGUAUGAAGGAAGCAGCGAUCCAGAGAGAAGCGCUCAUGCUGGGGCCUCGCAGGAGAAGCUACUUCUGGACAGGCGUGGCCUCGUGGGCGACUCCCCACGAGACUCAGGCUGCUAUGAGAGUAAUGAGAACCUGGAGAAUGGAAGGGACAAAAAGACUUCAUCCCUGAGCAGGUCCUCCUCUGGGUUUGAGUCGAGCAGCCUCUCGUCCCCCGAGUCCACCGCCUUCCCCUCCACUCUGACAUCCACUAUUCCCACGAAGGUUUUGCACCAAAGUAAACCAACAUGUCAACCAUUUAACUUGGAAUCACUAAGAUCUAAGAACACCUUCCGUCUUAGUCCAACAAAAAGUGGUCUUCUUCGUGGAGCUAUUUGUAGGAGCCAGAGCUUCACUGAAUUAAAGAGAAACCCAGCAGCAGCAGCACAGCUGAGGCGCUGUUUCUCCCUAACAUGCCUCCGCAAACAUCAGAGGAAACAACCUAGCUCCUGUAGUAAGAUGGGGCAAAGACCCCAGCACACAGCGAGUCAGAAACUCUCUAAAGCCACAGUUCCACCGUUUCACUCCUCAGCCACAUCAAAUGAAGCUUUGAGCAUGUACACAGGCAACGUGUGUGCCGCUCAGCGAGGAGGAAGAACCCUGAGCACGCACCUCAGUCUGCAACCCACGGGGCCAGCGGAAAAGUUUGACCGUGAGCCGCUACUCACAGAAAGGCCCUUUGUGCACAAGUGCACAGACCACCUCUCCUCAGAGUACAGGAUCAGUGGUCCACUCUCAGCCAGUUCUGAGGCCAAGCGGCUGAAAAUGAAGAGGAAGAAGAUGUUUGUAAAAUCAGUACAACUGGGUUCCCUCACAGAAGAAAAGACCCAGAAUCAAGAUAUUAAUGUGCAAACGGAGCCAGCGUCUGAAAAGGUACCGACUCCAAAUCAAAAGUAAAGGUGUCACCUUAGACUGACUUAUACAGUAUUUAGCUGGUUUGGGUCUUGGUACUGUCCCAGCUUACCAAGACGUGAACUACAAUAAAAACAAAAUCAAUAUUUUCCAUUUCUAAAUAAAAUAACUGACCUUGAUUUCACUGCAGCCAAGUUGAAAGCACUGAAAAACUGGGAACUGUUUAAUGUAGGUUCAGAUUAAACUACAAGAACAUAAAUGACACAGGCAAAACAUGCAAAGAAUCUCUUUAUUUAAUCACAGGAGUUUUAACAGUUUAUUAGCAGAAUGCUUGUACAAGGUUUGUCAAUACCUUAAAACUGAAAAAUAACUCUUUCCAAAUCUGUAAAGUCAAUCAUUUUCAGUUAUGUGUGUACAGGAUUUUUUUUUCAUUCUUAAUUUAAUAAUAAAAGUAUCUUCUAUAAA